AUGACAAAACCAGCUCCAAUAUUUAUCCAUUUCUCUUUACAUAUCACCUUUAUCCUCUUUCUCAACCAUGCAAACUCCCAACUUGAUUAUAACAUCAAUGGAACAGUUCCACUCUUCAUUUGCAACCUCAAGAACCUCACAACAUUUGGUGUUCAUAAUACCAGUUUUCACUCAACAGAGUUCCUAAGAGCUCUCUACAACUGUUCCAAGCUGAAAAUUCUUGACCUCUCACAGAACUACUUUUAUGGUGCAAUCCCCAAUGACAUUCACCGCAUGUCUCGACUUCGAGACCUCAACCUCGGAGUUAUCGAGUCUUUCUUGCCAGAAAUUGGAAACCUGUCCAAUCUAGAGGAACUGGGAUUGGCCUAUAAUUCUAAGAUAGUGCCACCAUUGCCUUCAGAGUUUGGAAAGUUGAAGAAGUUGAAGUUUUUAUGGAUGGUAGGAACAAAUUUGAUCAGGGAAAUCCCAAACACGAUUGGAGAAAUGGCAGUUUUGGAGCAUUUGGAUUUGUCAGAAAAUAGCUUGACAGGGAAGAUCCUAGGCAAGCUUCCUGAGAUAUUGGCAUGGAGUCUUACACGAUUGGAGAUGAAUAACAACAUGUUUUUGGGUAAAAUUCCAUGGAGAGUGUCUUCCUCCAAGAUUUUGUUGGUCCUCAUGGCUAGUAAUAACCUCUUUAAUGGCACGAUUCCUCGAGAUUUUUCUCGUUUGACAAUUCUUUUGGUUGAUCGAAACCAAGUUUCAGGCUCUCUUCCAUCAGAUAUUAAUUCAUGA